AUGUCCUCUCAAUUCGAGGCUGCCUCUAUUGCCCGUGCCUCUCUAUAUGAUCCCACCCACUUCAACAUCCAGGAAUCCCAAACCGCACACCGCCUGGUGCUCCUGCAGCAAUGGAAUAUUCCCACUGACUCCAAGGUGUUAGAACUGGGAUGUGGGCAAGGGGACUGCACCACUGUUCUUGCCUCUGCUGUGGGCGAGCAAGGGAGAGUAGUGGCCAUCGAUCCGGCUGAUUUGGACUAUGGCACCCCGUAUACUCUCGGUGAAUCUCAGAGUCGCAUUUCACAAGGCUCACUGGGUGGACGGAUUACUUGGGUCCAACAGUCCCCCUUGGACUAUCUCUCUUCCCUCCCCUCUAGCGAAGAUAAGGCCUUCGACGCAACAGUGCUCGCCCACUCCUUAUGGUACUUCUCCUCUCCAUCUCUUAUUCUUUCCACCUUCCUAGCCCUCAAGCAGCACAGCAGGCGUCUCCUCCUUGCUGAGUGGUCGUUAGUAGCGACACACCCCUCUUCCCAGCCUCACGUAUUGGCCGCGCUUACUCAGGCUUGCCUGGAGUGCCGUAAGCCUAUCAGUGAGUCAAACAUCCGCACAGUGUUGGGUCCAAAGCGGCUCACAGAGCUUGCCCUGGCUGCCGGGUGGCAGUUGGAGAAUGAGACUCUUGUGCAAUGUGAAGAGGGGCUGUGGGACGGGAAAUGGGAGGUGUCUGCUUGUCUUUCUUCUUCUUUUCGAAAGUGA